CACCACUUCAGGAAGUCUGUAGUCACACUGUGCGGGCUUGUUCCUCUCCUCUCUGAAUUCUAGAAAGUUUGUCCUGUCCUCAUUUGACCGGGUUUAGGCUUCUCUCUUCCGUUUUACCUUCGUAAUUUGAAGUCGUUUCGGUUUUUUCGCUUCAGAGAACAUCAUUGUUUUGUUUGUUUUUCCUGCAAAAAUGACCAAGCCGAGUAGUUUCUGCGCUCCGUUGCUGCUGUUUCUGGUCUGGAGGGCGGGUGAGGUAGCGGAAGCCUGCAGCUGUUCUCCUAAACAUCCUCAACAGGCUUUCUGCAACGCAGACGUCGUUCUCAGAGCCAAAGUGGUUGGACGGCAAGAAAUUGUCACAGGCAAUGAUGUGUACGGCAAUCCAAUCAAGAGGAUCCAAUAUGACAUUAAACAGCUGAAGGCGUUCAAGGGACCUGAUCGUGAUAUUGACUCCAUCUUCACUGGCCCUUCAUCUGCUGUGUGCGGUGUGAACCUGGACAUCAAUGACAAAAAGGAAUACCUGAUCACAGGUAAACUGGAGUCUGAUGGCACAGUGCACGUGACACUGUGUGACUUCAUCCAGCCAUGGGAGUCCCUGACCAUUGCUCAGAGAAAGGGCAUAGACUCGCGUUAUGAGAUGGGCUGUGAGUGCAGGAUUAUCCACUGUGCCUCUGUCCCCUGUUCGAUCAGUGAUCCUGCUGAGUGUCUAUGGACUGACUGGCUUGUGGAGAACUCCGUGCAGGGUCCCCAAGCUCGGCACUACACCUGCAUAAAGAGGAAUGAUGAUUCCUGCGCUUGGUACCGUGGUGCCGCUGCACCAAAGAAAGAGUUCCUGGAUAUCGAAGAUCCAUAAACCUGCAGUCUCCUGACUUCACAACCCCCCUUUUAGAAAAUAUCCCUAACACUGCUAUGGGCCCUUUAAAUAAUCACACCGUUCGUUCAAUUGCAUUCUGUACUUUAUAACAUGGUUCUGGUGAUACGACAAUGUAAAAGAUUAUGGUGGAGACAACGUUCUCUGGUUUUCGUAAAGCACUUUGAGUCCCCAACAGUACCUAGAUGCGACCAUGCUUUUUUGGGAAAAAAAAAUGUUUACUGCCUUUAUUACCACUGUUUUAGGUUUUUGGUUGGAAUUUAGAUGAGUAAAAUAUAGGACAUUAUAUGUUGGCGUUUUUGGAGAAAAUAAGGAACGAUUAAAAGAACGGAAACAAAUUUGUUAUAGGAAGCAUAAGCGAUUUUAUCUACCCCAUGCCUUGAUGUUAUGGCCACUCUGAAAUGCCGUGAUUGACAUUUCAUAUACAGAUACAGUAAAUAAAGAAAAGUAACUUAUUAGAAAUAACCAAAGUGAUUGGACUUAUAUGUACAAUGUGGACUUAUACAGUACAAUAGAUGUAAAAUAAACUGCUUAUUAUACUAUGCACAAAAAAGCAUCUUGUAAUAAUUUAUGUAUGUUGUAAUAUAUACAUGUUUCUAAUUUAUAUCUAAACAUUCAAUUUUGGUAAUUCAUAAAAAGAUAGGGCUUUUUUAUUUGCAAAAUUUUUUUUUUUGCGAAACGUUGGCGCAAAGAGUUUAUGCAGAUUUAGGACUGUGCCGUUCUGUAUGUUCAAGUUUCCAGUAUAUAAAUGAAUCCAGUAUUCCAGUUAUUCAACCAACAAAUGUGUAGGAAAGGUCACAAAGCCUAAUUCAGUCAUUUUGUAUAUCAUGGUAUCCUUUUUUUUUUUUUUUUUUUUUUUUUUUUUUUUUUUUUAAUUUCCAUAUGUUUUUUUUUAAUUAUUACUCUUAAAUGUCCUUUUUUUUUAUAUCAUGAGGAGAAAAGAGGUAGUGUGAGAUUUCCGGUGCUGGAACCACUUGGGAAAAAUUAGUGAGCUACCCUGUGCAUGCCUUUCAUACUCCUGUAUUAUUCAUCUUGGUGUAACAGUUCCAUAUUCAUGAAUAAAGAAAAGAAAAGCACUGA